AUGAGAACCAUCCUCGCCAUAGCCACCACCUUUGUCGCCAGCGCCCUGGCCCAAAACGUCGACAUCGCCCUACCCGCCGCCGGACAGACAGUUAAGGCAGGACAGCAGCUGACCGUGCAGAUCCAGCGUCCUACCCCCCCAACCAACGUCGAAGAAAUGAGCAUCGCCAUCGGCCUACAAUCCUGUGCGUCGUCGACCUGCUACCCCGCCUCGGAGGUCAUGGGCGUCGUCCUUUACAAUGGCCCGUUCAAGCCCGUGUAUCAUGAAUACUACCUGCCUCAGUAUCAGAACUUCACUGUGACUAUCCCGGAGGGAACUGCUGCCGGGGCGGCGACUCUGGGAGUGGCGCAUGCGACUCUUAUUGGGGCUUUGUACGAGCCGUAUUUUCAAACUUUGAGUCAGAAUAUCACGAUCGCUUGA